GUCGGGCGGUCAACCAUGAGUCAACCCCCUCACUCCAUCCUGACCCCCGACGCAGCGCCUCCCACCCUCUCCCCUUCAUCAUCCAACCCACCGACCUCAGACCCAAAGACCUCCCCAGCCUCCCCGCCACCCACCACCUCCGCCGGCCAGUAUAUAAGGCCGGGCAGCGACCUAUGCCAGUAUCUUCCUGAGCCCAGAGCACGAGGCACCACAAGCACUUCACACCGCCAGCACAACACCUGUCUCUCAGCCCUUCCAGCACCAGCACCCAACCGGCAUGUCCGCCACUCGUGUCACCCGAGCACUCUUCGCUGGGGCCGCUGCUUUAAGGGGCCCCGCCAGAUUCCAGGUAUUGGUGAACACCAAGAAAGAAGACAAUGGUGUGGCAAGACAGAAGACAGAACCUGCCACCACCAGGUCCGCGGCUCCAGCAGCGGGUGCGCCUCCUGCACCUCGUGCGGCAAGAACGGCCAACGCGACCUCAGUCUCACCACCGCCGCCCGCCAGCUCGCGGUCCCGCAGCUGAGGAAGCCUCUGGAUAGGAGCGUGGUGUGGGCGGAGCCGCGAGCGGACGAGAUUCUGCAGGUGAAGUUCGGCGACGGUACGGACGGCCACCUGCCCUUCGUGUGGCUGCGGGACAACUGUCAGUGCCCGGAGUGCUUCAGCGAGCAGGCCCAGGGCAGGAAGUUGCUCUUCGAUAGUUUCAACCUUGAAGCCCAUCCCAAAACAGUCCAGGAGACCCCCAAGGGACUCCUGGUGGUAUGGAACGACGGCCACGAGAGUGAGUACUCCACCAAGUGGCUCCAGGACCGUGCCUUCACGCCCACCGCCCGCGCCGUACACAGAGAGAGAUACGCCCUCAGGAGGGAGCCGUGGGGCGCCGAACACCGCCUCAAGAACUUCGACUACAAUACACUGAUGUCGGACGAGCACGAGCUGCUGGACUGGCUGCUGACCAUGGAGCGGCAGGGCUCGGCCAUGGUGAGGAACACGCCCAGGAAGGACGUGGCGGGGCCGGAGCUCAUCGAACACAUCGCCUUCGUCAAGCAGUCCCACUACGGACCUCACUCGCCCGUCAUCAACCGGCCCAACACCAACAACGUGGCCUUCACCAACGCCAAGCUCGGCAUGCACAACGACCUGCCGCAGUACGAACACAUGCCCGGGAUCAUCUUCAUCCAGUGCGUGGAGCAGCAUCCCGGCGCCGGCGGCGAGAGCGUCGUCACCGAUGGACUGUUCGCCGCCGAGGAGCUGCGCAGAAACCACCCGGAGGACUUCCGCAUCCUGGCCACCACCGACAUGUACUUCUGGGACAAGGGCCACGCCAACUACAGCUGGGAGAUGCCGGAGUUCCACAAGAUCGCCAAGUUCCCGGUCAUCAGGGUGAACAGCAACAACGAGGUGGUGCAGAUCGCCGUUAACAACGCCAUCCGUGACUCCCACAUGGACCUUCCCCCCCACAAGGUCAAGAAGUACUACGCCGCCUACAAGCGAUUCCACGAGAUUCUCUACGCCAACGCCAUCACCUUCAAGAUGGAGGCGGGAGACAUGAUGACGCUGGACAACGUGCGGUGCCUUCACGGGCGGGAGGGCUACGAGGCCAACAGUGCUCGCCAUAUCGAGUCCUCCUACCUCGACUGGGACGAGGCGCGCUGCCGUCGACGCCGCCUGCAGGAGCAGUUUGGAUCCUUCCGCUAAGACGAGGAGCUCCGGGGACCAUAGAUAUAUAGUUCUGCCAUUUUCUCAGUCAUAUUUUUACCAACUAAUGAUAAAACUUUGUGAACAGUAGCAUAUAAGUCCUUGGGUACAUUCAGCGCUGUGGAAUUUCCAGAAUCAUAUUUCACGUUGCAUUUAACUAGAAAAUACUGAAAAAACACUUGAGGAUAAUUUUUAAGAUCCCGCUCAUGAUUUCUUAUUGCUCAUUUAAUUCUUAUACAUCCUAUUUUAUCAUACUGCGUAGGUAUGCUAAGUAUAUACAGUUGAAAGUUCCUAUCUAGAUGUAUGGUUAAGUUCCCAAGUGGUAUUGUGUGUGUGUGUGUGUGUGUGUGUGUGAGGGUCCUUUCCCACCCAAUAGAUUAUUUUUAUAACAACAUAACGAAGUAUCUUGUUAUAAUUCCAGCGUAUGCGAGUGUCAUGCUGUUGUUUAUGAUUUAUAGUCACUGAUUCGUGUUCAGUUGAUGACGAUUGUAUGAUUUUCUAGUGAAAUGGAGAGAAAAAGCAAUUCUUCGUGUGUGUACGUAUAUAUAUUCGAAGAAAAUAUGUAACCAAAUACGUAUAUAUAUAUUUUGAUAAAUAAACUUUCUACGUCCAACA